AUGAGGCUUUUGGUGACCUUCUUGGCGGCGGCAGGUGCCGUGCAGCCGGAGGUCCCCUGGAUUGGUCGCCACGCGCUGAAGGCCGCCGAAGAACACGAGGCUGUGGCGCAGGUGGCAGCUGAAAGCUCCAAGGCCAGUCAUGAGGCCUUGCUGAGUGCCCAAGCAGCGCUCUCCGCGCGCGACGCCGCGCGGCAGAGCAGGGACUUCCUCAGCGCGCAGGUGGAUCCCCGUGAGGCCAUCCAAAAGGAGCUGGAUCAAGCGAGAGAUUGGGCUCAAGAGGCCAGAGCUUACGCCUCGCAUGCCGAGCAGACCUUCGCAGAGAUGAGGAGCGAGUGCCUCCGGACUCUGGGCCCUUGCUGUGCGGGCUUAUGGACCAUAAUGGACCCCAAGGGCGAACGCCUCUACUGCGCCGCGCUGCCCCCCGCCGUUGCGCCGCUCCCGGCCUGCCUGCGGCGGCCCGCGCGCGUGGCCUUCGAUGGAGCGGCGUACGAUCUGCGGGCGGCGGCCGUGGAGGUUUUGGAGAAGGCCCAGCUGGGCUCCUGGAAGAGCGAUCGACUCGAGGAGUACACCGCGCCCGGCGAGAUCUUCCGUUGCUUCCGGGUACGUCAGGCACUGCAUCGGUGCGUGGAAGAGUCCACUGGAUUCCUGGAAGUCUAUGAGCGCUUGGUGCAGAAGGUCCUGGUGCCCUGGUUGAAGCAACAGGCUGAGCUGUCCGAGAGAACACGCUUCUCCUACCAAUUUCCGCCCACCUUGCGGCUACAGCCCGGGAACAGUGAGGAGUUCAAGCGACCGCAUCGGGACGCGGAGUAUGGCCACCAAGUAGGAGAGUUAAACUUUUGGAUGCCCUUGACCGACUACAGCCUAACCCGAAGCACGUUGUGGGUGGAAUCAGAGCCGGGCAAGGGAGACUACCAGCCGCUGGAGAUGAGCUAUGGCGAGAUCGCCGUCUUUCACGGUACCCUCUGCCGGCAUCAUGUGCCUGCCAACAGCUCGCCCUUCUGUCGCAUCUCCAUGGACUUCAGGAUCGGUGUGGGCGAGUUCUUCGAUCCGCACUGGACACUGAAAGGGGUGAAGCACAUUCACCAGCGUCGAGAGAUUUGGCUCUGA